UCAUUAUCAUAAAUUAUUCAGCAUCAUCCAGCUGCAUCUCACUCAGGUUGAGUGCACACAUGUGCAAGAUAUUAUCUUUAAUUUCAUUUAUAAUAUUUGAAAAUGAGGCAUAAUUUUAACUAGGAAGACAGGAACGAAAAGGAUUUUUACUUUUUAUAUUCAAUAAUAACACGAAGGACCGUUUUGGAUUACCUGUCCACUUUUCUUUUGAGAAUUUUCAGCUUCUGUUGAAGACUUUUUGAAUGCGUAUUGUUUAAUAUUUAAAUUGAUAUUCAAUAUGUGGACCUUUCUUGGCAUAGCGAGUUUUACAUACAUCUAUAAGAAAUGUGACGCGUUUGUGAAUUCAGCGCCGAGAGAUCUGUUAGUGGCCGCAGUUGUGUGCGUAGCCGUGGGUCUCAUCAUUACGUGUUUCGGGUUCCGCGCACAGGGGCAUAAAGUGUCACAUUUAUUUCAAUUUCCUCUUCAACUUCUUACAACCAUCCCUCUGACACAAAAACUUUUCUCUAAAUUGAACAGAAACAGCUCGAAUCGCACUUCAAAGAAGAGAGAUGUAAAACAAAAGAGGUCUACCCCCUGUCAGUGUGAUCAGACAAAGGAUCCAGACAUCAUUAUAGUUGGUGCUGGCGUCCUGGGGGCCGCCAUGGCGACGGUUCUGGCCCGGGACGGCCGGAGGGUCACAGUGGUGGAGAGGGAUAUGCGAGAACCGGACCGGAUAGUGGGGGAACUUCUGCAGCCAGGAGGAUGCAGAGCUCUUAAAGAGCUUGGACUGGAGGAUACUGUUGAAGGUCUGGAUGCUCAUGUGGUAUAUGGUUAUGUAAUACAUGACCUGGAGAGCAGGACAGAAGUGGAGAUCUCAUAUCCACAAGAGGAGAACAACAUUCAAGGUGGACGGGCCUUUCAUCACGGCCGCUUCAUCAUGGGACUGCGCCGUGCUGCCCUCGCUGAGCCCAAUGUGAAGUUUGUGGAGGGAACAGUGACUAGCCUGGAAGAAGAGGAGGGUUGUGUGACGGGAAUUCAGUAUCGAGAGAAAGAAUCGGGAAUUACAAAGGAGAUCUACGCUCCUCUGACCAUAGUGGCCGACGGCUGUUUCUCCAAGUUCCGUAAAAAUCUGAUCUCCAAGAAAGCUAAAGUGUCCUCUCAUUUUGUUGGAAUCGUAAUGGAGAACGCUCCUCAGUUCAAACCCAACCACGCAGAACUGGUUCUUGCCAACCCGAGUCCAGUACUGAUCUAUCAGAUCUCCUCCAAUGAAACUCGAGUUCUGGUGGACAUCAGAGGAGAGAUGCCCCAAAACCUGAUGCAGUACAUGACUGACAAAAUCCACCCUCAGCUGCCAGAUCAUAUAAAGGAGCCUUUCAUGUUGGCACUGCAGAAUGAUCGCUUGAGAACGAUGCCAGCAAGCUUCCUGCCACCAUCACCAGUCAAUAAACCAGGGGUUUUGCUUCUGGGAGAUGCGUACAACAUGAGACAUCCAUUGACCGGCGGUGGCAUGAGCGUUGUGCUGAAUGACGUCCGUAUCUGGAAGAAACUGCUGAAGAACAUCUCAGACCUUUACGACAACAGUACUGUGCUCCAGGCUAAGAAGAAAUUUCACUGGGAAAGGAAAUCAUCUCACUCGUUUGUGGUGAACGUUUUGGCUCAGGCUCUGUAUGAACUGUUUGCAGCAACUGACAAUUCACUACAUCAGUUGAGAAAUGCCUGUUUCCAUUAUUUCAAGCUUGGUGGGGAGUGUGUCAACGGACCGAUUGGUCUCCUGUCAGUAUUGACACCGAAGCCCUUGACUCUGAUUGGUCACUUCUUUGCCGUGGCCCUGUAUGCCGUUUACUUCAACUUUAAGUCUGAAUCCUGGCUCACAAAACCGCGAGCGGUCUUUAAAAGUGUGGCUGUCCUGUACAGAGCCUGCGGUGUGAUGUUUCCCCUCAUUUACUCUGAGUUACAGUACCUGGUUUACUAGAAGAAAUGAACUCUCUGUUAAUUUGACUUUGUCCUAAAUUGUAAAAAAUGUUGAGCCAUCUGCAAAGCGAUGGCUACGUCCCAGUGCCUUCCGAGUUAUUUCGGGUAAAGAGGAAUGCCUGUUUAAAAAAGAAAAACAGCACCAAAACAACCUCAGAUGAGCAAAGUGUAAAAUAUGAAAUGGUUGUUUGCCAUCUAUGACUUUUUCUAUUAUUAUCACUAAUAUGUAUACAGAGGCCCUGACUUUUAUUCUCAUACACUGCUGAUGAUGUUUCAUGGGAUUUGCCUUAAUUCUUACAUUCAAAUGAGGGAAAAUUCUGUAUUUUAUUAUUACAAAUUUGUUUUCAAACCACUAAGCUGCUGGAAUUGUAUAAUGUUGUAUAUAUUUAAUGAUCAAUGUGGCUGUAUGACUGACAUUUGGCACUUGUUUCUUUUUAUAGGCAUUUAUUUCUGUAGGCUACUAUUUUAGAUUUCAUUGUAGCCUUAUUCAUAUCAAUAAUGUGUACAAUUGUAAAAUAUGAAACUCGUAUAUGUGGCCUUUCAUUGUCAUUUAAAUGUAUUUAAAGUCUGAUAUUAACGUUUGUCACAUCACAGAAAAAUGUGAUAUUGACCACACAGCCAACUUUGAAUGUUUAAAAAGAGCCACGUUAAUAAAAUAAGUUAUCAAAAUCUUAAAUAAACAGGCAGGAUUUUUGCUCUCAAUUGCUAGGGGCGUGUCCGCUGGCGGCGCUUAAACCACGCCCACUCGCGAGAAAACUCACAGUUCAGUACCACAUAGUUCAGUCUUUGUAACGAGUUUCAGCAAAAUACACUUCUAACAUUUAUAAUGUGUAUAAAAACAAUCUGAAAUGACUUUACACAGACUUUAAAAUAUACUUUAGACUUUUUUUUGUGAAAAAUGGACGGCAAGUCAAUAUUUAGUGGAGUUACAUAAAUAAGUGCAUUUGUUUUUCUCUUUUUCUUUGAAAUGUGUUAAACCUGUUAAACUUUGAUUUAUCAACGUAGACAAGGGCUUUCAGUUGACGAAAUAGCUAUUGAGUUUGUUAUGGUUAUUCAAUGUAAACCAUGUGAUCUGUAAUUUUGUGCAGACAGUGCAUGAAGCCAGUUAUUUUUCUUAUUAAUUUAACGAAACUAUUUUGAAAGACCAAAACUUGUAUAAACACAUUUGUAAACCUGUUUUAGAAGCUUUGUAUUUGGAUACUUUUAUAAUUGGAUAAAGGCUUGCUGUAUAAUCA